AUGGAUAUGAAUGGGAACAAGCCAAAUGAGAAGAGUAAUGAUCCUAGGGCUUGGUUUAGAUAUGAUAUUUGCUGGGCGAAGGUGCAGGAGGCUAGAGAUAUCAUUACUCGUAUUUGGUCCAAUGAGGAGUGCAAUUCCCUGGAGAAGAUGGAGCUGAUCCGGGAUAAGCUGGGCCCGUGGGAAUACCAACAUUAUAGAAGGUUGAAGAAUAAUAUAAAAGGGCUGGGGAAUGAGAUUAGCAAUCUUAAGGAUGACCCUACGAGUGAGAGAUCAACGAGUCUCCUUAAGAAUGCUCGGGAUGAUGAGAGUGAUUUACAUAUGGAUCCUCGUAAGGCCCCGGGGAUUGAUGGGCUUUCAGGAAGCUUUUUCAAGAAUCACUGGCCUACAGUGGGUGAAGAUGUUCUAAGCUUGUGUCAUGAUAUUCUUAAGGGCAAUAAGAGUGUCGAGUGCAUAAAUGAAACGUUAAUUGUUUUGAUUCCCAAGAUUAAGAACCCGUGUGAAACGGCUAACAUCCGUCCAAUUAGUCUUUGCAGGGUGAUCUACAAGAUUGUUUCAAAGACUCUUGCUAACUGGCUUAAAGAUGUUCUUCCCCUGUGCAUUAGCCAAAAUCAUAGUGCCUUUGUUCCUAACCGGAUGAUCCACGACAAUGUCUUAGUUUCCCAUGAGCUCAUGCACUAUCUCCGUAGCUCUAAAAAUGGUCCAAACAAGGGUUGCGUGGAGACUAACAAGAUUAAAGGCAUCCGGGCUAGUAAGGAUGGCCCUAGAAUUAAUCACCUCUUUUUUGCUGACGGUGCUCUCUUGUUUGUCAAGAACAAACAAAGUGAAGUGGAGGCAUUUACAAAGAUUUUGGAAACCUUUGAAAGGAUGUCUUGCCAAAGCAUCAACAUGGAAAAGUCUAUGGUCUACUUCAGUCCAAACACCCCUGUUUCUCAACGCGCGACAUUAAGUAGCCUGCUUAAGAUGAAAGUGGUGAACAACCUUGACGGAUAUCUUGGUCUGCCCAUCCCGAUUAGUAAGAAGAAGUCAGCUGCUUCCCAAAGCAUAUUAGAUCAUGCGACUAAUAGGAUCAAUAGCUGGUCUAAGAGAUUAUUGUUUAACGGUGGGAAGGAAAUUUUCAUAAAGUUGAUUCUUCAGUCAAUUUCUAAGUAUACUUUCUCAGUUUUCUUUGUCCCUAAUGGUGUCCUGGAGGAGCUUCAGUCCAUGAUCUUUCGAGUGUGGUGGGGGAAAAUGAUAAGAACAGAGGAUGGCAUAUGUUAUCUUGGGACCGAAUGUGUUUCCCUAAUGGUAUUACGCCCCCUCAGCGCCGAUUACCUAUUCCGCGUUUUUUCCUUUUCUGCUAUUCCAUUUUUUGCCCUCGUCCUCAACAUUCUGAUUCUCAAACGCCUCCUACAACAGGUUCUUCUUCAUCGCACUCUUCCCCGAUUUGCUCAUUACAUGUUAGUUUUCCAGAGGUUCUUGUUCAUCGCACUCUUCCCCGAUAUCCCUGGUUACAGGUUAGUUUUCCAGAGUAUCAAAAUUUUUGUUUUUGUUGCGUCUUGGUCUUUUUGGAAUUAG